GUUCAGAGUCUCCUUACUGAAGAGUAAAAACCUGUUUGCGUUUUACUUUGUGGUUAGUUUUUUUUUUUGCCAAAUGUUGUAGUCUGGAAGUUUUAUUUAUUUAUUUUCUUCGUCUUCUUGUUUCUCGGGCGUUUUAAGUCGGAAAUGACUCAAUUUUAACAUUUAUAGUUCUGGGUUGUUUAUGAACUGAGAGAACCGGACUGACCCGGCAUUACCCGUCCGGUCCCGGUGAAUGUGCUCGGGUCUAAAGGGGACCCAAAGACGGGGUUAACAUGCCGGGAAUGAGAGGACUUAUUGCCCUGAGUCUCUUUCUUAACUUCCAAACAAGCCGGGCUCUCCCCAGCCAGCUUGCCGACCUCAGAACCGAACCACCCGCCCAGUUCUUCCUCACCGAUCCUCUGCUGGACUACGACCGGUUGGAUGAGGAGCUUGGAGGUGCUCGGAGCAUGACAGAAGGAGCGGAGGCCUGCGGGCCGUGUGAGCUAGAACUUUGCCCGGAAACCCGGGGCUGCCGGGCUGGACUGGUGCUGGACUCCUGCGGCUGUUGUAAGGAGUGCGGAAACCUGGAGGGCCAAGCCUGCGACCCGGGAGACCGCAGCGUCUUUUACGGACUGUGCGGGACCGGGCUGCGCUGCCAGGCGGACCCGCGGCCUGCAGGAGGACGAGAGGGAGAUGAUGAAGAGGAGGUUUGUGUGUGUGAAGAGCAGGAUGCGGUGUGUGGCACUGACGGAGUCUCAUACAUGAACAUGUGUCAGUUCAGAGAGGCCGCUUUCUCCAAACCAGGACUCAAGACCAGAGGAAAGGGGCCCUGCAAAACCGUUCCAGUCAUUAAAGUCCCCCCUCACAGUCAGGUGAAUGGGACGGGCAGCAGUUUGGUCUUCCUCUGUGAAGUUUUUGCGUUCCCAAUGGCUCUGGUGGAGUGGAGAAAGGAGGGCCAGGACGUGGUCCUGCCUGGAGACGACCCCCACAUCUCCGUCCAGUCUCGAGGCGGGCCUCUGAAAUUCGAGCUCUCCAGUUGGCUGCAAAUUGAAGAGGCGGGGCCAGAGGACUCCGGAACCUAUCGCUGUAUUGCUCGUAACAACCUGGGGUCUGUGUCUGCUUCUGCCGUGCUGGGAAUCCUGGGAGCAAAGGAGCUGUCAUCCUACCUGGCCAACAGCGUGUCAGAAAUGCAGCAGCUGAUGGACGCCACAGACUACGACCAGGACUUUUACUGACCAACAUAUGAUGUCACUUCCUGUGGUCUGAAGCAUCCGGAUUGUCAUCCUCCAUGAGAGAUAAAACAAACGGUUUUCAUACCAAACGCCCUUUGUCUGUUAAAUUUGGAUGGUGCAUUAUUGUACCACAGUCGGGCAGGGGGACCACACUGACUUUUCAACCCUCUGGGGACAUUACGAGAGGUCAGAGGUCACAUGGUCAGCUGCACACUCUGAGUCAGGCAGUUUGUUUUCAGAGAUAUAUGUAAGUAGAAUAUUUAAGAAUGGCUCAUAUUCCCCUCACUGUAUCAUCACAUUACUCUGACAUCACACAGGGCUGUGACACAGAGGCUCAGCAUGUUGAACGUGUUGUAGACGCUGUCAGUUUUGUCUGUGUGAAAAUAACAUUAACAUAUUAUAAAUAAAAUAUAAAUAUAAGUCAA